AUGUCCUCCCCAGCAACUGGCGUCGCCAUCAUCGGCGCAGGCCUCUCCGGUCUCACACUCGCUCUCGCUCUCCACCGUCAGAACAUCCCUUGCGUCCUCUACGAAUCUCGCGAGGCAUCUCUCGACAUCGGAGGCGCCAUCAUGCUCUCCCCCAACGCCCUCAAGAUUCUCGACGCCCUAGGCGUAUACAAGAACAUCUCCCCCCUUGGCCACAACUUCGAGAAGCUCUACUUCCAUUCCGAUGACGACAAACCCGUUGACGACUUCGUCUUCGGCUCCCAGGAAAAACACGGCUACAAAGCCCUCCGCAUCUACCGCUUCGAGCUCAUCAACGUCCUCGUGUCCAUGGUCCGUGAGGCCGGCAUUCCCGUCGAGUACCAGAAGAAAUUUGACCACAUCGUCUCUGAAUCGUCCACCUCCGUCACUUGGGCCUUUGCCGACGGAUCCACCGCCAGCGCAAAGCUUCUCGUCGGAGCCGAUGGCAUUCACUCCCGCGUCCGCAAGCACCUGUACCCGGAUCUCACUCCCAAAUUCACAAACAUGAUUGGUGUUACCGCCGCCGUGCCUCGUGCGCAGCUCCAAGCAGAUCCCAAUUACCCGCUGCCCGUGACCAUCAUGAGCCCCAAGCAUGGUGCCUUUGUCAUUGCGCCGCAGCGCGCUGACGGCUCCGAGGUUUUCAUUGGAAAGCCAAAGCUCCUUCAGCACGAGCACGACCGCGCUGGAUGGGACGAGCUGCUGAACAACAAGGCCUGGUGCAUCGAUUUUCUGCGCGAAGGCAGCGCCGACUUCCCCCCCAUCGUGGCCAAUGCCGUGUCCAACAUUCCGCUCAAGGGCAUCAACUUGUGGCCCUUCUACCUUGUGCCCAAGCUGGAUACCUGGGCCAAAGGCCGUGUCGUUAUCCUCGGCGAUGCGGCUCAUGCGAUCCCCCCAACUGCCGGCCAAGGCGUGAACCAGGCCUUCGAAGACGUGUAUACGUUUGCCGGCAUAGUCGCAAAGGUACAGCAGCAGAAGCCGUCAGACGACGAAAAGGAAGAUGCUGCGCGGAUCGGUAAAGCGUUGAAGAACUGGCAGCAAGGUAGACAGGCGCGUGUGGACAGGGUAUUGGGCCUAAAUGACAGGGUGAACAAGAGACGACUGCCAGAUGCAGUCAAAGCCGGCGUCUUUGAACCGUUUGACUUGGAUUGGCUAUAUGAUGUGGAUUUCGACAAGAUGAUUGCUGAGUGGGCGGCUUAA